GAACGGGAUCACGUGCAGAGAACGUCACGUGACUCCUUCGUCCGCAGCGUAAGCGACAGGAGCCGAGGAGCGACAGUCAAGGACGUGAUGAAAACUCUACUUUUCUUCUCCAUCCCAUUUUUAUUCAGCUCUUUGGUUUGGAGCGGAUAUCUGGAAUAUGACCAAGAUGUCCUGAUUCCAGAGGGCUGGACCCAUGCGGGUCGAGUAGACCCGUCAGAGGAGCUGGAGCUGACCUUCGCUCUAAAGCAGCAGAACGUUCAUCUGCUGGAGGAAACACUCAGACUGGUGUCAGACCCAGACUCAGCUCAGUACGGUAAAUAUCUUAGCCUGGAGGAAGUAGCUUCGCUUGUGCGACCGUCUGAAGUGACCCAGAAGGUGGUGCGUCGCUGGCUGCAGAGUCAUGGGAUUUCAAACUGCCUCACUGUUCACACUCAGGACUUUAUGCAAUGCACCAUGACUGCAGAGGUUGCUGAAAAGCUACUGCAAGGAAGCAGAUUCCAUCAUUACAUCAGAGACGGCCAGUCUUUGACGAGAUCCUCAGCUCCGUACUCGGUUCAUGAUGACGUUCACCCACACCUUGAUUUUGUUGGAGGUCUUCACCGUUUCCCACCGAAAAGCCAGGAACCCAGAGAGAGACGCCAGCACUUCAAAGCGGGGCUGCAUCUCGGAGUGACGCCUGCCAUCCUGAGAGCUCGCUACAAUCUAACGGCAGCCGAUGUGGGAUCAGCUCAAAACAACAGUCAGGCUGUCGCUCAAUUCUUGGAGCAGUACUUCCACCCCGCAGACUUGGCGGAGUUCAUGAACUUGUUUGGCCGGACGUUUCCGCAUAUGUCUCAGGUGGAUCGAGUUGUUGGUACCCAAGGUGGAGGAAAGGCGGGUCUGGAGGCCAGUCUGGAUGUAGAAUACAUCAUGAGCACAGGAGCAAACAUCUCUACUUGGGUCUUCACCAAUCCAGGCCGUCAUGAAUCGCAGGAGCCCUUCCUUCAGUGGAUGGUCUUGCUCAGCAACAUGUCUGACCUGCCCUGGGUUCACACCAUCAGCUAUGGGGACGAUGAAGACAGCCUGUCCACAGCCUACAUGACUCGCAUCAACACAGAGUUUAUGAAGGCUGGCGUCAGAGGGAUCUCCCUGCUCUUUGCCUCAGGUGACAGUGGAGCCGGAUGCAGACAUCUGGGUAAAGAAAAAAACUCCUUCAGGCCCAGUUUUCCAGCGUCAAGCCCUUAUGUGACCACAGUUGGAGGAACAUCAUUCAAGAACCCAUAUAAGGUCACAUAUGAGGUCACAGAUUACAUCAGUGGAGGUGGUUUCAGCAAUGUCUUCAAGAUGCCUGACUACCAGGUCACCGCAGUCCAAGGUUACCUGAAGUCUGUGACAGCCACCCUCCCUCCUCAGUCCUACUUUAACACCAGCGGUCGAGCCUACCCAGACAUGGCUGCCCUGUCGGACAACUACUGGGUGGUCAGCAACAGAGUGCCCAUCCCCUGGGUGUCGGGCACCUCGGCGUCCACCCCCGUGGUGGGAGGAGUGCUCUCGCUCAUCAACGGGCAGCGUUUGCUGAAGGGCCUGCCCGUCCUGGGCUUCCUCAACCCCCGCCUCUACAAGCUGAAGGGACAGGCUCUGUUUGAUGUGACUGAAGGUUGUCACCUGAGCUGCCUAGAUGAACAGGUUCAGGGGAAGGGUUUCUGUGCUGCACCAUCAUGGGACCCCGUCACCGGUUGGGGGACGCCAAACUACCCCGAGCUCCUGGCUGCCCUCUUAACUAAGUAAACAGGAAGUAAUGAAGAGGAACUUCCCUAUCUGCUCUAGGAGCAAAUACUGAGUGUUUUCUUUUUUAAUCUGGUGCCUGAUGCUUUAAAGCAGGACAGUGAAGUUGGCACUUUCUGUUUUGUGAUUUUGAUCUCAAGGAAUUUUAAACUUAUUUUAUAUUUUCUGUUUAUUCUCUAGUCUUCAAACUACUUUUUAAAACUCAUUUAACCCUUGUGCUAUCCUAUGACUCCACCCUUACAUAGACGUGUUCUCCCUACCAUGACAAAGGUGGAUAAAGGUCGAAAGAUUUCCUGUAAUCCAUGGACACCAGUGAAGAUCAUAAAUCAUUGAAGAAAAAAGGUUCAGCGCACUGUCUAGUGGGUCUAGAUGACCCAACUCCCAAUGUUAAAGUGCCUAGGAUAGCACAAGGGUUACAUACAGAUGCAGGAGUUUAAAAUCAUCGCAAUCCACUUUUACUGCAUUAUUAUUCUGUAAGACCUCAAAGAAAGUCAAGUUAUUGAUGGAUAUUUUUCUUGAAAUUAGUCUCUUUACAUACUUUUAAAGGCAUAUGCAACUUUUAAUUAUGCAAUAAAACCUAUAGGCUAAGGUAUGAACGUUAUAACAUGAAGAAAAAUAUCUGAGAUACUGUAAGAUGUGUUGGUAAAAGGUCUGUUUACCAUAAAACUCAACAGGGAUGAGCUCAGAAUGUGGACUUGAGUCUGCUAGUCUUUUACUGCAGACAUUUUUUUUUAUUCUUUUUUUUUUAAACUUUUUUACCAUUUAUCUUCUGCCAAUGAACAAAAUGCACUAUUGUGGAUUUUAGAACAUUCUGUCAACCAGCACUUUGGUUUUAAACUGUUACACCACAAAUUGUUUGAAAUUCAAAAAUCUGUUCUUUUUUUCCAUUUAAGGUGUCUUUUUGAAAAUGUUGGCAAACUACCGUCAUACUGGUUUAAAACUGAUUGCUUUAAAUUACAAUAAAAAUAAGAAUCUUUGUUUACUUAAA